AUGGAAAGCAAUGGCGAUGCUUCAGAUCGUUCGAAUUUUCGAGCCAUGGACACCGUCAGGAACAUCUGGACUGGUCUCGAUCUACCACCCCAAGCUCUCCACUCUCUCCGGCUGGACGAAACAGGCCAUGAGUUGGCUUCAUCUUACAAGUUGUCCCAUCUGGCUCAGUCCUCAAUCGCACUGUCAGCACUCGCUGCAGCUCUCAACGACUCGCAUCACAACUCUACUUCAGUCGCUGCAGUCAGCGUCCCACUAGAGCAUGCCUCUGCAGAGUUCGCCACAGAACAUCUCUACUUUCUGGACGAAAAGCCGGCAGAGAAUAAAUGGGGCCCUCUCGGUGGCUUGCACAAGACCAAAGACGAAUAUGUGAGGAUUCACGACAACCUCAUCAAUCACCGCCUGGCCUUGUUGAGAAUCCUCGGCCUCUCAGAUGAGUCCACCCGCGAACAGGUCGCAGAGAAGAUCCUAAAUUGGAAAGCUACCGACUUGGAACAGGCAGGCAUCGACAACAAGGCUGUAAUUUACGCUCUCCGCUCAGAAGACGAGUGGAAUGCCACACCACAGGCAAAAGCCGUGCCUGAUUUCUCGAUAUCGAUCAACAAAAUCUCUUCUGCAGGAGAGCGAGGAUAUCCCUCACGCAUGCCGCUUGGAUCCGAUCGUUGCCUAAGAGGACUGCGAAUCGUCGAACUCAGCAGAAUCAUCGCGGCUCCAGUCGCUGGCAAAACCCUCGCUGCCCACGGAGCGGAUGUCUUAUGGGUGACCAGUCCCACUUUACCGGAUAGACCAAUGACUGACAUCGAUGUCAAUCGGGGCAAGAGGGCCAUCUCGAUCGAUCUGAACAACCCCAAAGACAAAGAAGCUCUCUACGAGUUGAUCAAGGACGCCGAUGUUUUCCUGCAAUCAUAUCGACCUGGGAGUCUCUCCAGACGUGGCCUGAGCCCUUCUGGAUUGAUCAAGAUCCGUCCAGGCCUGAUAUGUGCCAAUCUAGCGGCGUGGGGUACACAAGGUCCGUGGAAAGAGAACCGCGGGUUCGACAGCAUGGUUCAGACAGCCAGUGGAAUGAACGUGUCAGAGGCGCAGCAUUUCGAUCCGUCUAGCGCCACACCAGCGAAACCGUUGCCGCUCCAAGCACUCGAUCACGCCUCCGGGUACCUUCUCGCUGCUGGUAUUGCGGCCGCAGUGUACAAAAGAGCAGUCGAGGGUGGAAGCUGGCAGGUUGAUGUGACACUCGCUGGGACCAUGAAGUAUCUGAAGAGUCUGGGUCAGCUACCUGGGAAGGAAGGUUUUCGAGAAGGGACGAAACUGCCGAAGGAGUUGGUGACGGAAGACAUGAUGGAAACGAAGGAGUCUGGGUAUGGAUUGCUGAAGGCCGUGAGGCAUAGCGCACGGGUGGAAGGCAAGCAGCCUGGAUGGGACUUUAUGCCUAAGCCGCCGGGUCUGUAUGAGCCGAAAUGGCUCUGA